AUGUUCUUCUCGGAUGGAACUCUCUCAGCCGUCGGUAGUGCGCUCCUGUUGGGAUUAACGCUCCUGGCCGCGCGGUGCGACCUCAGCCACGGAUCCUCGGACCUCUCAGGUUACCUGUCCAAAGUGUUGAGGAACUACACUGAGCAGGCCUGUGAAGGGGACCUCCUCUCCGUCCGCUGCCCGCCACGCACCACCAUCACCGUCCAAUCAGCUUUCUACGGAAGGAGGGGGGCCUCUGACCCCCAGCACUGCCCUCAGACCUACCAGGCCCUCCUGAGUUCUUACAACGCUCUGGAGGAUGUUCGAUAUUGUUCUGUGUCCACCGCUCUACAGAAAAUGCUGGACGAGUGCCAAGACAGAAGGAGCUGUCAAGUCCUUGUCAACAGCCGCGUGUUCGGGACGGACCAGUGUCCUGGCAUCAGUAAAUACCUCAUUGUCUGGUACAAAUGCCGACCGAACGAGUAUAAGAGUAAGGUGGUGUGUGAGGAGGAGAGGAUGAGGCUGAGCUGCAAGCGGGGAAUGCAGAUCGCCAUUUACUCCGCCAUGUUUGGCCGAACGCAGCAGGGCACCCUGGAGUGUCCCCUUCACCACCGGAGGGCGCCGUCAGUAGACUGCCAGUCGUCUGUGGCUCUGCAGGUCGUCACCGCUCGCUGUCAGGGCAAGAAGAGCUGCCUGGUCCGAGCCUCCACCAGAGACUUUGGAGAUCCGUGUUACUCCGGCACCAGGAAGUACCUCAGCGUCAUCUACACCUGUGUCCCAAAGAAGUUGCUCCAGGAGCAGAGCCCCAGACCACCGGUGUUCUCCCCUCCCCCCGGUGCCCAUGACCCCAACAUAGUGGGAGACGGUCCUCCGGAGGGGAGCUCGGUCCAAAGCUCUGACGCUGUCCCAGAGAAGAAGAAGGUCAGGGAGACGAACCCUUACGAGGAGAAGGCUUCAGACGCUGAGAGAGGAGGAGGAGGAAGAGGAGGAGGCGGAGGAGGAAGAGGAGGAGAGGAAAGUGCGCUGCGGCCCAGAGACAUGAAUCCCAUCAUCAACUCCACCUCCAGCGCCAACAUGGCUCUCAUCAGCAACGCACUGGCAGCCUACAACUACGUGUCAGACCACCCGGAGAGGGCAGCGCUCUUCUUCGUCUGCGGCGUGUGCCUGGGCCUCUUCCUCACGCUCUUCGCCCUGGUGGUCCAGAUCUCCUGCCGCACCGACUGCAAGCCACGCAAGCACCCCCCCGCCAAGAAGCGGCCCCGUCCCGCCGACACGUCGUCCGACUCCAGCGACUCGGACUCGGACUGGGAGACCACCUCGGACCUGUCGGCGCGGAGGCACCGGCGGUUCGAGCGCACGCUCAACAUGAACGUGUUCACGUCGGCCGAAGAGCUGGAGCGGGCGCAGCGGCUGGAGGAGAGGGAGCGCAUCAUCCGGGAGAUCUGGAUGAACGGGCAGCCGGACAUCCCCGGGACACGCAGCCUCAACCGGUAUUACUGAGGCUCUUCAUAGGAAGAUCACAUGACUCGAACGCACUUGAAGGCCCCCCCCGACGAGGCCACACAACUGUGGACUCGCUGGUGAGAACAGUGGAAGUUACUGCAGACCUGGAAAGAAAGUCCUCCCUCUCCGCCGGUUGGCAUAUUCCUCUGGGUGUCAUAAGCUAGACCCCAUUUAGUGAGAGAAGAAGCUCUCUGCACGGUGAGCUCAGCUCUGCCUGAGGGUGAAAGGCUACGCUGCUU